ACAUUCCCACGGAGUAACCAUGACCACUUGUUGCCUAGGAAACGCUGAGCAAAAACGUAAACAAAAGAUGAUGGACUGGGCUGAAGAACUCAAGAUGACCAUAAGAAAGACGACGGCCAGGAAAGGUCGGCGCUCUAAGAGUCGCGAUGUUCUGAAGGAGGAGGAUUCCCAGGCGGCCGGUGGCUCCAAGGACAUCUCCAUCGACAUCACUCUGAAUGUCCAGGCGGGUACCCCACCCACCACCUCGGACACGGCCACCUCGUCCACAUACAACAAUGAAUUCGAGUCCCAUCGACCACCCAUUCGUCGCAUUUCGGGUGGCUGGGCGGAUUCCGGAUUCAAGGGAUUAAAGUCCAAGAAGAACUCGUUUGACGAUGAGCGUUUUAGGCAAACAAAGUCGGCUACAAAUUCCAUACCAACGGAUGACAUUCCCGUCAUUCCAGAUAUGGAUGAUGUCAAGGACGAAAUCAUGCUCAAUGAGAUUGUGGAACCGCCUGCUAUCGGCACUUCGCGAUCCGCCGUCUUGAAGGAGGCGAAUUCCGAUUUGCUCUCCCAGUACGCAUUUUCGGCUGUGGAUGGCUUCGAUCUCUCAAUCCUUACCGAUUGCCUGGUUCCACAGGAGAGCCUUAACGAGAAAGAUGAUCUCUGGCAGUGGGACAAGCUGUUCACCGAGGUCACGGCUGAAAUCCAUUCGGAUAAAGUGCCCAAUAUUGGCAUGAAGAUCGGACCCGACGUGGUUCCACCCACGCAAUACGCUUAGUGCAAUACAAAUGCUCAAUAUGUUAAGCUAAUACAAAUACAUUUCUUGCCUUAAAUGAUCACAAAAUAUACUUUACAGAGAUACUCAAUUAAAUUGCGCACUUGUUAUCUCUA